AGGGGAUCAGCUGUGCCAGUCCCUGAAGGCCACCCCACACUGACUGCCUGCCUGUAUGCUGGCACACACAGUCCCAAGCACUGCCAACACAGAGCUAUGCCUCCAGCCUUCCCUCUUCACCAAGUCUACUGAGCCGCUCUGGAUACCACUAAUGUCUAAGUAAACGGACGGCAAACAACCAGACGCAGAUAACCAUUAUUCUUUGUCUUCUCUAUCGAACAUGAAGCACCUUGCUCGGGGCUAAGAGGAGAGGGUAUUUACUCGUCUUGGUUUGUGGAAUUGGGAGAGUAUUAUUCUGUGUCUGUUGGACGUGACAUCUUGCGAUGCUGACUGGACACCUGGAGAAGAACAGUAGGGCUGGCUUUGGCCGGACGAAGCCGCUCAAGAUGAACAUGGUGAAGAGGAUCAUGGGUAGGCCGCGGCAGGAGGAGUGUAGCCCGCAAGACAAUGCACUUGGCCUCAUGCACCUCAGACGCCUCUUCUCAGAGCUCUGCCACCCACCACGUCACAUGACCCAGAAGGAGCAGGAGGAAAAGCUCUACAUGAUGCUGCCCGUUUUCAACAGGGUGUUUGGUAAUGCUCCCCCCAGCACCAUGACGGAGAAGUUCCAGGACCUCCUUCAGUUCACUACCCAGGUGUCCCGGCUCAUGGUCACUGAGAUCAGACGGAGGGCCUCCAACAAGUCCACAGAGGCAGCCAGUAGAGCCAUAGUCCAGUUCCUGGAGGUGAACCAGAGUGAAGAGGCGUCACGUGGCUGGAUGCUACUGACCACCAUCAACCUGCUAGCAUCCUCUGGACAGAAAACGGUGGACUGCAUGACGACCAUGUCGGUGCCCUCCACCCUGGUGAAGUGUCUGUAUCUGUUCUUUGACCUUCCUCACAUGGCCGAGGCCCCUGGAGCCACACAGACCUCAGAGCUGCCCCAGGCUGACCGUCGGGCCCUGCUGCAGAAGGUCUUCGCACAGAUCCUGGUGAAGCUGUGUAGCUUUGUCUCUCCUGCGGAGGAACUGGCCCAGAAAGACGACCUCCAGCUACUCUUCUCUGCCAUCACGUCGUGGUGCCCCCCCCACAACCUGCCCUGGAGGAAGAGCGCUGGUCAGGUCCUCACCACCAUCUCACGACACGGACUCAGCGUCAACGUCAUCAAGUAUAUCCACGAGAAAGAGUGCCUGGCCACAUGUAUCCAGAACAUGCAGCAGUCAGAUGACCUCUCACCCCUGGAGAUCGUAGAGAUGUUUGCUGGUCUGUCCUGCUUCCUGAAGGACUCCAGCGACGUCUCUCAGACCCUGCUGGACGACUUCAGGAUGUGUCAGGGAUACACAUUCCUCUGCGACCUCAUGCUCAGAUUGGAGCAGGCCAAAGAGGAGGACAGCAGUGAUGCUCUGAAGGAUCUGGUCAACCUGGUGACGCUUCUGACCACCUACGGGGUGAUGGAUCUCAAACCGGCCGGUCUCACCACUGGAGCUCCCUUCCUCCUGCCCGGCUUCGUACUCCCACAGCCUUCUGGGAAAGGCCACACGGUGAGGAACCUCCAGUCGUUCUCCGUCCUACAGAAUGCCUUCCUGAGGGCCAAGACGUCACUGCUGACCGGCACGCUGCUGGACGCCAUCGGCAACAUCUACGCUGCCGACCACGCCAACUACUUCAUCCUGGAGGCACAGCACACACUCUCACAGUUCGCUGACAAGGUGGCCAAGCUGCCUGACGCCCAGACGAAAUACUUUGAGCUGUUGGAGUUUGUGGUGUUCAGUCUGAACUAUGUUCCCUGUAAGGAACUGUUCAGUGUCAGCGUCCUGCUGAAGGGAUCUACGUCACACACCUGCAGUAUCACAGCUACCAGGACUCUGUUGAAGCUGAGUCGUCAUGACGCAGUGUUCAGUGACGUGUUGAGAGAGGUGGGGCUCCUGGAGGUGCUGGUUAACCUCCUGCAUAAAUACGCCGCCCUGCUCAAAGACCCUGCGACGCAACAACAGACUCAGCCACAGAACAACGAACACGGUGACUGUAAGAACAGCAGUGUAGCGGAGGAACAGAAACAGUUAGCCUGGCUGGUCAUGGAGACGUUGACUGUGCUGCUGCAAGGGUCCAACACUAACGCAGGUCUGUUCAGAGAGUUUGGAGGAGCGCGGUGUGUCCACAACAUCGUGAAGUAUCAUCAGUGCAGGGAGCACGCUCUGAUGAUCAUCCAACAGCUGGUUCUGUCCUCUAGUGGAGAUGAUGACAUGGGAACACUACUGGGCCUGAUGCACUCUGCCUCGUCUACCGAGCUACAGCUCAAAACAGACAUACUACAGACUCUCCUGGCUGUGCUGAGAGAAAGCCACCGCACACGGACCGUCUUCCGGAAGGUCGGUGGCUUUGUCUACGUGACGUCCCUACUCGUUGCCAUGGAGCGCUCUCUGUGUCAGCCGCCGUGUCACGGGUGGGAACGGGCCAAUCAGAACCAAGUGUUUGAGCUCCUGCACACCGUCUUCUGCACGUUGACCGCUGCCAUGCGUUACGAACCCGCCAACUCACACUUCUUCAGGACGGAGAUCCAGUAUGAAAAACUGGCAGACGCUGUCAGGCUGUUGGGUUGUUUCUCUGAGACCAAGAAGGUUGGAGCCACGGGAGUGUUCCCUUCCAACGCCCAGCCCUUCCUGAGACUGCUGGAGGACGACGGGGUUGCAGGGGGCGGGGGAGGGGGAGGGGACAACAUCUGCCCCGCCCUCAAACACUGCAGCAAGCUCUUCAUCUACCUUCAUAAGAUGGCCACCGACUCCUUCGACAGUCGUGCGGAGCAGGUUCCCCCCUGCCUCACUCACGAGACCUCCCUGCCAUCCCCCUGGGGUACGCCAGCGCUCGCCAGGAAGAGGCACGGCUACCAGGGCACAUCAGGCCCUCCUGCAGGGGUCAGAGCCUUGACGGACCUGAACAUGAAACUACAACUGGCCACCUCUUCCUCCUCGUCGGACUCGGUGGUCAUCCACCCGGGGGCGGGGCUAGCCAUGCUGGACCUGCUGGCCUCCGUCAGCUCCGACAGCCAACCAGAGCAUGCUCUUGACCUUCAGCUAGCAGUAGCUAACAUCCUGCAGCUGCUGGUCCACAGUGAGAGAAACCAGCAGAUCCUGUGUGAAGCAGGUCUACACAGUAGACUACUGCAGCGCUGCAGCCUGGCCCUGGGAGACGAGGAACAUCCCCUACACCCACCGCUGCAGAGGAUGUUUGAGAGGCUGGCCUCCCAGGCCCUGCAGCCUAUGGCCCUGAGAGAGUUCCUCCGGCUGGGUAACCCUCUGAACUGUGGAGCCUGGGACAAGAAGCUGCUUAAACAGUACCGCGUCCACAAACCCUCUUCCCUUAGCUACGACGCAGAGAUGAGAAACUCUAUGACUAUAUCGAUGGAGGGCUGUUUUGGUCCCGACACCGUGUUCACAGCGGCCGGCGAAGACAACAGUCAGUACCGAAUCAGCCGUAGCCUGGUGCGCUCGGCCGAGGGGAGCACCGUGCCGCUCACACGCGUCAAGUGCCUGGUCUCCAUGACAACGCCCCACGACAUCCGCCUUCACGGCUCGGCCGUCACUCCGGCCUUCGUGGAGUUUGACACCUCGCUGGAGGGCUUUGGGUGUCUGUUCCAGCCAAGCCUGGCUCCUCACAACGCUCCCUCUAACAAUGCCAACACAGGAGGAGUCAGCGAUGGAGCCGUGGUCUCUGGGAUUGGAGCAGGAGAGCGUCUGUUCCCCCCUCCGUCUGGUCUAAGCUACUCUACGUGGUUCUGUGUGGAGAGGUUCAGCACUGCCCCCCACACCCACCCGGUCCGUCUGCUGACGGUGGUCCGACGUGCCACCUCCUCAGAACAACACUAUAUCUGUCUGGCCGUGGUUCUGUCUGCUAAAGACCGGUCCCUGACGGUGUCUACCAAGGAGGAACUGCUGCAGAGCUACGUGGAUGAUUUCAGCGAGGAGUCUUCGUUCUUUGAGGUUCUGCCGUGCUGCGCCAGGUUCCGCUGCGGAGAGCUGAUCGGAGAGGGCCAGUGGCACCACCUGCUGUUAGUCAUGAGUAAAGGCAUGUUGAAGAACAGCAUGGCCACACUUUACAUCGACGGACAACUGUUCCAAACCACCAAGCUCCACUACAUCCAUAGUUCUCCUGGUGGUUCCGGUAGCACCAACCCGCCUGUGGUCAGCACCGUGUACAGCUACAUAGGCACGCCCCCUGCCCAGAGACAGCUGUCCAAUCUGGUGUGGCGCCUGGGGCCCACACACUUCCUGGAGGAGGGGCUUCCUGCUGCCAGCGUUGCGGCGGUGUACGAGCUUGGACCCAACUACACGGGCAGCUUUCAGGCCGUCUACCUGCUCUGUAAAGACUCUAAGACUGGAGAGCCUUCAUAUCCAGUCGCCUUGGUCCCAGAAGAGAAGGUAUCCUUCAGCCUGUACGCCCUCUCUGUCUCUGCCCUCACCGUGGCCAAGAUACGCAAGGUCUACAACAAGCUGGACAGCAAGGCCAUCGCUAAACAGUUGGCUGUGUCAUCUCAUGAGAACGCCACUCCGGUCAAGCUGAUCCACAAUGCCGCCGGUCACCUCAACGGUCCAGCACGCACCAUAGGAGCAGCUGUCAUUGGAUACCUGGGUGUGCGUGCGUUCGUCCCCAAGCCUGUGGCGACCAACCUGCAGUACGUGGGCGGGGCGGCGGCCAUUUUGGGCCUGGUUGCCAUGGCGCAGGACGUUGAGGGUCUCUACGCGGCCGUCAAGGCGAUGGUGUGCGUCGUCAAGAGCAACCCGCUGGCCAGCAAGGAGAUGGAGCGCAUCAAAGGCUACCAGCUGCUGGCCAUGUUGUUGAAGAAGAAGCGUCACCUGCUGAACAGCCACAUCCUGCACCUGACCUUCUCCCUGGUGGGAACAGUAGACAGUGGCCACGAGACCUCCAUCAUCCCCAACACCACCGCCUUCCAGGACCUGCUCUGUGACUUCGAGGUGUGGCUACAUGCACCCUACGAACUGCACCUGUCCCUGUUUGAACACUUUAUAGAGCUCCUCACUGAGUCCAGUGAGGCAGCGAAGAACGCUAAGUUGUUACGAGAGUUCCAGCUGAUUCCCAAGCUGCUGUUAACCCUGAGAGACACGUCUCUGUCUCAGCCCACCAUCUCUGCUAUCAGCAACGUAUUGAGUCUGCUACUGCAAGGGUUCCCCAACCCAUACGACCUGCUACGGUUUGGCCAGUUCAUCUCAUCCACCCUGCCAACCUUUGCUGUGUGUGAGAAGUUUGUAGUGAUGGAGAUCAACAACGAGGAGAAGAUAGAUGGAGGUAAUGAUGAAGACUUUGGGGGUCUUCUGUCGGCCAACCUGAUCCUGUUGAGGAACAGACUGCUCGACAUCCUCCUCAAACUGCUCUUCACAUCCAAGGAGAAAUGCACCGUCAACGCACAGGCAUGUGAGGAGUUGGUGCGUACCCUGGGAUUUGACUGGUUGUUAAUGUUCACGGAGGAGCACCUCCACUCCAGCAGUGUAACAGCAGCUCUGUGGAUCCUGGUGGUUCUGCUCAGUAACCAGCCCAUACUGACCAGGUUCAAAGAGGGACUGACCGGAGGCGAAUGGCUGGACCACACUGACUCUGUCCUCACCAACAAGAUCGGCACCGUGAUGGGCUUCAACGUGGGACGCAGCGCCGGCGGUCGCUCCACGCUACGGGAGAUCAACCGAGACGCCUGCCUUUUCCCAGGGUUCCCUGUUCUGCAGACUCUGCUGCCGAAACACACCAACGUCCCCGAGCUCUACUUCCUGCUGAUGGCUCUGUUCUUGCAACAACCCGUCACAGAGCUGCCAGACAGCCUCCAGUUUGACCUGGACUCUAUCUGGACCUUUAUCUUCGGGGUCCCUGCUUCCAGCAGCACCAUAGUGGGAUCCAUCCACAGUGUCUGCACCGAGGCUGGCUUCCUGCUACUGGGGAUGCUGAGGAGCAUGCUCAACCUGCCGUGGCAGUCUGAGGAAGAGGGUUCGUGGCUGAGGGAGUACCCGGUGACUCUGAUGCAGUUCUUCAGGUACCUGUAUCACAAUGUCCCGGACCUGGCCCCGAUGUGGCACAGCCCAGAGUUCCUGUGUGUCCUGGCUGCCUCAGUCUUCCCCUUCAACAUCAGGCCCUACUCUGAGAUGGUGAGUGACCUGGAUGACGAAGCGGGGUCACCAACGGAAGAAUUCAAGGCCUUCACCGCCGACACGGGCAUGAACCGUAGCCAAUCGGAAUACUGCAACGUGGGUUCUAAGACCUACCUGACCAAUCAUCCGGCCAAGAAGUACGUGUUUGACUUCAUGAAGGUGCUGAUCAUGGACAACCUGUGUCUGACUCCGGCCAGCAAACAGACGUCCACCAUAGACCUACUGUUAGAGGCGUCCCCAGAGCGCUCCACCAGGACACAGCAGAAAGAAUUCCAGUCCUAUAUCCUGGACUCUGUCAUGGAACACCUGCUGGCUGCAGAUGUCCUCCUAGGUGAGGAUGCAUCCUUGCCCAUCACCACUGGAGGGAGCUACCAGGUGCUGGUCAACAACGUUUUCUACAUCACACAGCGCGUGGUGGACAAGCUGUGGCAGGGCAUGUUCAACAAGGAGUCCAAGAUGGUGGUGGAGUUUAUAGUGCAGCUUAUAGGACAGGUUGGAGGACAUCUUUAAGGUGUCCCUCCCCACCAACGACAGAGGACAUGUAGAUAUCAGCACCGCUCGGCCUGCCCUGGAGGAACCUGCCCUGAAGAGCUGGCAGAACCACCUGGUCCAUGAGAAGAAGUGUAUUAGCAGAGGGGAGUCAGUGGCUCCGGCCAGCCAGUCCAAGCUGUCUCGGGUCAGUAGUGGUUUUGGUCUGUCCAAGCUGACCGGCGCUCGGCGCAACAAGAAGGAAAACUCCCUGAACAAGAACAACCUUUCUGUACAGGAGACGUUCCAGUGGAUGUUCACCCACAUAGCGGUGGUCAGGGACCUGGUGGCCAUGCAGUAUAAAGAGUACCAGGAGAGGCAGCAGAAUGUUCUAAAGUACGUGACAGAGGAGUGGUCGUCUAUAGAGUAUGAGCUGCUGAGAGAGCGGGGCCUCUGGGGCCCCCCCAUCGGAUCCCACCUGGACAAGUUCCUGCUGGAGAUGACGGAGGGGCCCUGUCGCAUGAGGAAGAAGAUGGUCCGCAAUGACAUGUUCUACAUACAUUACCCAUACGUCCCCGAGCCUGAACCCAGCGCUAACGGCCAAAUACCGGUAAAUAACAAUGACAUGCUCUACAUACAUUACCCAUACGUCCCCGAGCCUGAACCCAGCGCUAACGGCCAAAUACCGGUAAAUAACAAUGACAUGCUCUACAUACAUUACCCAUACGUCCCCGAGCCUGAACCCAGCGCUAACGGCCAAAUACCGAAGCCGGUGCGUUACCGCCGAGCGAUCAGCUACGACAGUAAGGAGUACUACAUGAGACUGCUGUCAGGGAACCCUGGGAUGUACCAGCACUCCAUAGAGCAGGACACUGAGGGAGAGACCACUCAGCAUGAACCUGGAGAGGUGCACGGAGAGGACACCAUCGCCAGAGUCAAAGGUCUGGUGAAGGCCCCUCUGAAGAGGUCACGCUCCACCACGGACAGAGCUGAUGAGGAACAAGACCUGCUUCAGGAACAGAUCUUAGAGUCAGGAGGACUGGACGAGGAACAGAGGACAGACAACACAUCACUGCUACGACUACUGGAGGAGGGAGAGAAGAUCCAACACAUGUACCGGUGUGCGCGGGUGCAGGGUCUGGACACGAGCGAGGGGCUGCUCCUGUUUGGGAAGGAGCACUUCUAUGUCAUAGAUGGUUUCACCAUGACCGUCAGCAGAGAGAUCAGAGACAUCGAGACGCUGCCCGCCAAUCUGCACGAGACCAUCAUCCCCAGAGGUGCGAGGCAGGGUCAGAGCCAGCUGAAGAGGACCUGUAGUAUCUUUGCCUACGAGGACAUCAAGGAGGUCCACAAGAGACGAUACCUGCUGCAGCCCAUGGCUGUGGAGGUGUUCUCAGGAGAUGGGAGGAACUACCUGCUGGCCUUCCAGAAAGGAGUCCGCAACAAGGUCUACCAGAGGUUCCUCGCCGUGGUUCCCUCUCUGGCUGACAGCUCAGAGUCCGUCUCAGGACAGAGGCCCAACACCAGCGUAGAGCAGGGGUCUGGCCUACUCAGCACUCUGGUAGGAGAGAAAUCUGUCACCCAAAGAUGGGAGCGUGGUGAGAUCAGUAACUUCCAGUAUCUGAUGCAUCUCAACACCCUGGCUGGUCGCUCCUACAACGACCUGAUGCAGUACCCUGUCUUCCCCUGGAUCCUGGCUGACUACGACUCUGAGGAGUUGGACCUAAACAACCCACGGACUUUCCGUAACCUGGCUAAACCAAUGGGAGCCCAGACCGACGACAGGCUGACCCAGUACAAGAAGAGGUUCAAGGACUGGGAAGACCCUACCAGUGAGACCCCGGCGUAUCACUACGGUACACACUACUCUUCAGCCAUGAUCGUGGCGUCCUACCUGAUCCGCAUGGAACCUUUCACUCAGAUCUUUCUCAGGCUUCAGGGAGGUCACUUUGACCUGGCUGACAGGAUGUUCCACAGUGUGCGUGAGGCCUGGCUCUCUGCCUCCAAACACAACAUGGCUGAUGUCAAGGAGCUCAUCCCUGAGUUCUUUUACCUGCCAGAGUUCAUGCUCAACUCUAACAACUUUGACCUAGGUGCCAAACAGAACGGUAUUCGACUAGGAGACGUCCUUCUGCCUCCGUGGGCUAAGGGAGACCCCCGAGAGUUCAUCAGAGUCCAUCGACAGGCUCUGGAGUGUGACUAUGUAUCGUCUCAUCUCCAUGAGUGGAUCGACCUGAUCUUUGGCUUCAAGCAGCAGGGUCCUCCGGCGGUGGAAGCGGUCAAUGUGUUCCACCACCUGUUCUACGAGGGACAGGUGGACAUCUACAACAUCAACGACCCCCUCAAGGAGACCGCCACCAUCGGCUUCAUCAACAACUUCGGACAAAUCCCCAAACAGUUGUUUAAGAAGCCCCACCCUCCGAAACGUGUACGUAGUAAAUCCAACGGGGAGAUGGCGGGGGGCAUGCCCGUCUCUCUCUCCUCAACCACUGACAAGAUCUUCUUCCAUCACCUGGACAACCUCAGACCCUCACUAGCCCCCGUCAAAGAGCUGAAGGAGCCGGUGGGCCAGAUAGUGUGCACUGAGAAGGGUAUUCUGGCUGUGGAGCAAAACAAGGUCCUCCAACCUCCUGUCUGGAACAAGACCUUUGCCUGGGGCUACGCUGACCUCUCCUGCAGACUGGCCAACUAUGAGUCGGACAAGGCGGUGGUGGUGUAUGAGUGUCUGUCAGAGUGGGGUCAGAUCCUGUGUGCCAUCUGCCCCAACCCCAAGCUGGUCAUCACCGGGGGAACCAGCACUGCCAUCUGUGUCUGGGAGACGGGCACAUCCAAGGAGAGGGCCAAGACCCUCACACUCAAACAGGCAUUGCUGGGCCAUACAGACACAGUAACCUGCCUGACAGCCUCGUCAGCGUAUCACAUCCUGGUAUCUGGCUCUAGAGACAGGACGUGCAUCAUCUGGGACCUCAACAAACUGUCCUUCGUCACACAGCUCAGAGGACACAGGGCCCCCGUCUCUGCCCUUUGCAUCAACGAACUCACGGGAGACAUAGUGUCUUCGGCGGGGACCUACAUCCAUGUGUGGAGCAUCAACGGCAGUCCCAUAGCCAGUGCCAACACCUUCACAGGCCGCUCACAACAGAUCCUCUGCUGCUGCGUGUCAGAGAUGAACGAGUGGGACACGCAGAACGUCAUCGUCACCGGACACUCCGACGGAGUCGUCAGGUUCUGGAGGAUGGAGUUCCUACAAGUCCCAGAAACCCCUGCUCCAGAGCCCAUCGAGCCCCCUGAUGUAACUGACUGCUGUACAGAGGACAAGCUGGCAGAGGGACCCGAGAGCCAGAACGCUGACGACGACAGCAGCGAGUCAGACGGAGACGAGCCCUGCCUCAGCACAGAGUCCAAACCCUCCCCUCUGCCCAACGCUGCAGCCGGGGGAGGAGCUGGGUCGGUUGGGGGAGGAUCAGGCAGCCAACCAGGCAGCACCGUCCACAGACCCAAAGUUCCUCGGGGUCCCGGUGCCGCUGGGGUUCGGACAGGGGCCUCCUGGUCAGUGGACAGCGGGUCAGAUGACUCCCGCCGCUGGUCAGACACCCUCAGCCUGGACGAGAAGGACGGCUUUGUGUUCGUCAACUACUCCGAGGGACAGACGGGACAGACACCACUCAAACCAGGGGUCCACCCUCACCCCCAGCUUCACCCUCCGCACCCCAUAGCAGGCCACGGGGGAGUCCCCCAGCCCAUACACCCCACCACCAUGGAGGCACGGCCCUAUAACCAGCUCAGAGCAGGAUACAGAUGGGAGCGACAGCUGGUGUUCCGUAGUAAACUGACCAUGCACACUGCGUUCACCCGGAAGGACAACGCUCAACCGGCCGAGAUCACAUCCCUCGCCAUCUCCAAGGACCACAGUAAGAUCCUGGUGGGUGAUGGUCGUGGCAGAGUGUUCAGCUGGUCGGUGAGUGACCAGCCUGGUCGUUCUGCUGCUGACCACUGGGUGAAGGACGAGGUGGUGGACAGCUGUUCAGGCUGUACCGUGCGCUUCUCCCUCACAGAGAGACGCCACCACUGCAGGAAUUGUGGACAGCUCUUCUGUCAGAAGUGUAGUCGUUUCCAGUCUGAGAUCAAGCGUCUGAAGAUCUCAUCCCCGGUGAGGGUCUGUCAGAACUGUUACUAUAACCUGCAGCACGAACGCAGCGCUGAGGACGGAUGCAGAAACUAACCACGGUCCUUGGUCCCACGCCACUACAGCGGAAAAACCUAUGUUGUACCCGUUCUCUCUCUCGCCCACCUCCCCUAAAAAUACCCCACCUGUGCACCCCUGUACACACACCUGUCCAGUAACCACAUGUAACGCACUGACUGACGUAGACUAAAAGGGAUCACCGAUUUGAACUGUGGCGAUUGUUUCCGUAACUGUGGUAGUUAGUUUAGUAUGAAGACGACUGGGGGGGGGGGGACACGGACGGACAGAUGGAUAGAAAAAGCCUAUCAAAUAGAGAGAGAAGAGUGUGAGGAGAGGAGGGUUCGUUAACAAUCUCAUUUCUCGCUUUCUUUCAGAGUCGCAAAAUAAAACGCUGACCCUCAGCUCCUUCCUCCGUGUAUCACCUUUAGAUCUUAGAGACCAACAGGAAGGGGGAAAGUCCUUCAGUUCAAAACUUGUUUAUAUUGUAAAUACUUAACAUUGACCUUUUUAACGAGCAGGAGGGGGAGGGAAAAAAAUAAUAUUAAUGGUUGUUGAGGACAAAAAAAAGUAAUUGUGACUAAUCACUCCCGGCUUUAAAAACUAAAGGAAUGUGUGUAAUGUUAGUCUAUAAUGUCACGGAAGCUCAGAGGGAAUGAGAACUGCUACGUUCCACAUGGCACCCUAUUCCCUAUGUAGUGCACUACUUUUGACCAGAGUCCUAUGAGAAUAGGGUGCAAAGAGCAGUCCACUAUAGAGAAUAGGGUGCUAUUUGGGAUGUGGGCGAUGAUAAUGACGGAGGACUAUGAAUGUUAGGAUAAUAAUAAUAAGUGUUUGUGGGUUGACAUUACAGUUUCUAGUUAUGCAAUGACUUCUUCAUUUCUUUAUAUAAUAUAUAUAUUUUUUUUUUUUACAAUGUGAAUUUGAUUUGUGAGUUGCCCACGGUGUCGAGCGAUUGCCAUUAAAGUGAGAUUGCGUCAUGUUUUUGUUAUUUUUUUUGCCAAAUUGUUUUUGAUAUAUAUCACGUUGUGUAACGCUGAGUAGUAUGUAUGAUGAGCUUAACCGUGUCGAUUUUUAUCUACCAUGCAGGCUUUAGUUUGGAACACGUAAACCCCCCCCCCCAGUUAAGGUCCCAGAUUAUGUUAUUGUUGUUGAUCAAGACUGGAGAAAAUAUCAGAUCAAAUCAAAUGUAAUUUGUCACAUGCGCCGAAUACAACAGGUGUAGAUCUUACCGUGUGAAAUGCUUACUUACAAGCACUUAACCAACAAAGCAGUUUUAAUAAAUAAAUAAUUGUUAAGU